AAUAAGGAAAAAACUAUCUAAAAGGUCAUUAAAAUGAUAGUAAUAAAAAUAAUAACGCAGAAGAAUAAUAAAAUUUAGUUUCGAAAUUAAUAAAUUUCUAAGGUUGAGCACUUUUAGAGAAAUUCUAUAAAACUAAUCGACAUAAAUUAUGAAAAAAGAGUUAACAGAAUAUUGUUUCGAUAACAGCAGUUAGCAGAAUAUUGUUUCGAUAACACGAAACUAGAUUCUGUUAACUGAAAAGAAGAAGUCAUUAAAAAUUCGUUUCUUAUAAGUAAAUUUAUAAAAUUUUCUUGGGAAAAUUUAGUAGGUAACUACCUAUAUUCACCAAUAUUAUAUAAAAGGAGUAGAAAAAAAGAAAAGAAAUGAAAAACUUUGGAAAAAGUAUACCUGUUUGCGCUCUAAAACAAAACAAGGAUGAUAAAAGCCAUGGUUAUAAGCUUUAUUUUAGUAACAUUGACUAUGAUACUGAUUGAGGCUAAAUCUGUAAUAUCGGAUCAAAGUAAAGAUUCGCUUUUUACAAACCCACUGAAUGAAAAACUUGUAUCAAAAUGUGAAAAAAAAUCAUGCACUGAAGCAAUAAGGAAAUUCAAUAGUUUAACAGAAGAUCUGAUUAUGGAUAGGUAUCAUCUGGUGCUCGUUCAUCGUCUAAAAUGUUUACUGGUAUUACGUUUAACCAAACACGACUCGACCUCAAAUGAUUCUGCUUGCUCUUAUCAUACUACGGAAGGUUUCAUUAAAAGUCCAGAUGUAAAAUUGCUAACUUCGGAUUUUGCAGCCCUUCGGCUUUAUGAAAAUUUGUUAGAUAAGAUUCUUGGAGAACUCUACAUUGUAAUGAAACUUGAAGCAAAUAUUGACUCUGGUCAAAAUUUUUUGGUGUCGAUGUUACAAUUAUGCAACAGCGUAAAAUCGCUUUACAUGCGAAUUAAAAGUAUCGUAGAGAUAUAUUCUGAAUGUAAUUGCGAGACAUUUGAGAAAACUAAGGAAUUGUAUAUUCAAACCUACGAUGUCUUGACAAAAAAAUACGACCACUCUAAAAGCAUGUUGAUUAUUCUCAAACAGCUUGAAAUUUUGAAGAAAAUAUUUAAAGAAGAUUUUUGGGAAAGAAAGAAAAAGUAUGUCUUAUGUGACACUUGAAUUUUUCAACUUCAAUUUGAUAACAUUAUUUGGUAUUGUUCUAAACGGUUACAAAGCAGUAUGACGUUUUUCAUGCGGGAUUUAGAGUGUACUGGAUAUAGUAUUUUAAAAAAACUUUUAAUUAUGACCAUAAUAUUUUUUUUUGUAAAUAUCUCUCAAUGAUACUUAAGUUUUGAAAAUAAAAUAAA